UUCUGGCCACCUACUUCACCUUGGAUGGGAAACUUCAAUUGAGACUUUGACCGGUAAUAUUCUGCGCGUCUGCGGUUUAAACCAUGGACGGUCGACUUACAUCUACGCUUUUUGGGUGUUAUGAAAUCUGUCCAUUCCCUCGAUGUAUCUGAGUCACUCGAAGAAAGAUUCGAAGAAUCCAUGUCGCGAAUUACCGUACGGGAAGAGGAAUAGGUAGCAUAUAGUACCGAUUUAGAAAUAUUUAACGCCUCCCCUGGUCGCUCUUUCUUGGCCCUUCGCUAUUUUACACACUUUUCGAGACAUUUUCUUUCAACCCGGCACUGGUGUAGUUAGAUAUAGUUGGCAAUGUUUUAUAUUCUCAUAUGUUUCAUCUUCUUAGAGAUAAACUCGCAAUUCAAAUACAGAUAUACGGUUCACAUUGUAGAUCUAUUUUAAUAACAUAGAACUCACGUAUGAAACUGUCCGCUUCAUUUGUCUAAAGACAACACUUUGGCUUCGAACACAUAUCGGGGCCAUACUUGGAACGAGAGUCUAUUAAUAGCAUGGAAACGAGAUUUUAACGAGAAGCGCCAAAGUUCCAUCCUCGUGAAUCCGCGACAUGGCUGAUACUUGUAAAGAAAACAAUUUUAUUCUUGUAAUCUGGAUAAAAGACCAUCCCGUUACCGGAAAUGUGGUCAGUAUUAGAAAUAUCGUUUCACCAAGGAGACCCUAUUACGAGUAUGCUGUCGGACAGACCGUGGAUGCCAGAUGCCCCGGUCUUGGAACCUUCCAAGGAAUGAUUGGCGCCAUUGGAGAUUCGAAGAAAAACCUGCAACAGCUUCUUGCAGAAGACAAAUUUCCUCAAUUAGUACAGAGGAUUGUGAACGAUAUACCCCCAGCACAUCCAAAGAUAAAUACAGGUUCAUCUGAAGAAAACCAAAGCGACCUGCAAGAAAGGGAUGAGAUUCAACUUGAAGUUGCUGGGAACAAUGAUUAUCCUGUUCAGCCCGUUCCGAAGAAAAGGAAAAUAGAUGUACAGGAGAAACAAAAAGAUAAAGAGGCUCAAGAGGCAAAAAAAGAUCAGGCCAAGAAAAAGAAGAAGGCGACAGAUGCCCGUGAUUCAGGCAACAGACUGCAGUCACUGGCUGUGAUAGGCCCUGGACUGCCAGAUUCCGUAGAACAACUUCAUGAGAAGCUUAACAAAAUGGAUGACAAAAUGUCACAACUUUUGUUUUUACGCCAACAAGACCAGGAGAUGUUGAGGGACAUGCAGGCCCAGAUUGAUAACUUCAAGUCCUGCAGAGCUUGCGUAAAGGGUGUAUAUCGGAAUCUGAAGGACAAUGGUAGUGGAAAGCCUUGUUCCCUUCAGUCACCAGAGGCAAGAAAAAGCCUUUUGCUGGCUUCUCCCACAUCACUGCCAUCGCUGCCAUCUCCGCCACCACCACCACAACCACCAAAACCACAACCAUCAUCGUCAUCAUGGGUCAGUCAAGGGCAGCCUCAAGUCCUUGAGGAUAUAUCAGACUUGGCAGAAGAUAUUAUCUCCACAGUUGAGCCAGUUUCAGAUAUUCCCCCUCUAUCUGAAAGAAACCAAGCAUUUCUAGGUGAUCCCAGGCAUGGGAUAAAAGUUAGUGCCGAGCGCCUCAGGGCUUGUGAAGAAGCAAGCACCAACCCAGUCAAGCUUGCCUUGAGCCUUCUUCCUUUGCUGAUUACCAAGGAAGACUGCAAGACUCUAUCAGUGAAGGGAGAGGCUCCAGGCAAAAGGGCAAUGGACGAGAAUGUCCGACGAGCUCUCAGGUCUCACAUAUUCCAGAAGUUUUCGGUGUCAGCAAUGAAGAUGGAAGAGAUGUGGGCAGAGAUUAGCAAGAAGUUAAACGACAAAAUAAGGGCAGUUAAGAAUGGGAAAUGUAGAUUAGAGUAGAGUGCUGGGAAUAAAGUUAAUGUUCCGGGUGGUUGGGUGGUUAAAAACAAACAGGUAAUAAAAUGUUAAUUAAAGAUAAGAUUUGUAUACAGGACAGUUGCUAAAGUUAUUAAUUACAUUUGUAUUUUCUUUUUUUAUUAGUUAUAGUAUUCAAUGUUUUGUAGGGAUACAUGGGUGGACAUAUGCAAGAAGCUUAAUGAUCAAAUAAGGGCGGUUAAGAAUGGGAAAUGUAGAUUAGAGUAGAGUGUUGGGUCUAAAGUUAAUGUCACGGGUGAUUGGGUGGUUAAAAACAACGCGAUAAUAAAAUAUUAAAUAUAAGAUUUUUAUACAAGACAGUUUUUAAAGUUAUUAUUUGCAUUAGAAUUCUUUUUUUAUUAGUUAUCAAUAUUUUGUUGGAAAGUCAUUGUGUUUGAUCAUUUUUUAAUACAAAUCAAAUGGAAAUAAAAUUUGUUUAUCUUUGCAUUCAUUACAAGUCAUGUCUUCUAUAUGUACAAUUUAAUCCAUCAAGAAUUAAUUAGCAGUGAAAAUCGAGUUACAUGUCACUGAUAUAUGAGAUAUACCUGGAUGCAGUUAUACAUUUCAGUGGAAUGAAUAUCAUAUGGAUUUACUGACUAUAUUGGUGCAAAAUAUCAUGGACUCCUGUAAGCAUGUCAAGUUUUGAUUAAGGUUCGGACUACCUGUGGGAUGUGAUUCUGCAUGACCAUGCAAGACCAUGCAUCCUUGGUGGGAUCCAACACAAGUGUCCCUCCCACUGGGAUCCCACUGGGAUCCCACCGGGAUCCCAACCAAAUUUCCCAGUGGGAUCCCACUGGGAUCCCAAUCAAUUUUCCCACUGGGAUCCCACCGGGAUCCCACUGGGAUCCCACUGCAAAUCCCACUGGGAUCCCACCGGGAUCCCACCGGGAUCCCAACCAAAUUUCCCACUGGGAUCCCACUGGGAUCCCACCGGGAAUCCCACCGAG